AUGGGCAAUCAACAGCGACUCUGCAAGCUCUUCGAAACCCAUUUACAUCUAAACCAUGUAUUUCACUUACUUCUCUUCAUGAUCGGAUUAUCAGUAGGUACCAUAACUGGUUUAUAUUUCAAAAGCUUCACAUUCACCUUACAGCCCUCCCUCAAUUCCACUUCUUCAUCACCACCACCACCACCACCGCCACACCAAACAUUUUCUCCUCCAAUUCCGCCACCUCCACCACCACCACCUCCAUCGCAGCCAGUACUAUCACUGUCCUUCACAUCAUCAAAUGGAAAAUCUAACUACACUAGUGUAUCCCUAAAAGAGCAGAGGUCUCUGAUUCACAAUAUGAGCGAUGAAGAGUUGCUGUGGAGAGCAUCGAUGGUUCCGAGAAUUCAGGAACUGCCUUACAAGAAUGUACCCAAAGUGGCUUUCAUGUUCUUGACCAUGGGGCCAUUGCCUUUGGCUCCACUGUGGGAGAUGUUCUUCAAAGGGCAUGAAGGGUUUUACACCAUUUAUGUGCACUCUCAUCCUUCUUUCAAUGAAUCUGUACCUGAAAGUUCAGUCUUUCAUGGUAGAAGAAUUCCUAGCCAGCCAGUGUACUGGGGAACCAUAUCAAUGAUCGAUGGCGAGAGACGCCUCAUAGCCAACGCCCUUCUCGACUUCUCCAAUCAAAGAUUCGUCUUACUCUCCGAAUCAUGCAUCCCAUUAUUCAACUUCACCACAAUCUACAACUACCUCAUGGGUUCAAACUUAAGCUUCCUUGGAUCAUUUGAUGAUCCGAGAAAGCCAGGCCGCGGUCGAUAUAACCGUCAAAUGUGGCCCGCCAUUUCCAUCUCGGAUUGGCGAAAAGGGUCCCAGUGGUUCGAAAUCCACCGUGACCUCCCAGUGUACUGGGGAACCAUAUCGAUGAUCGAUGGCGAGAGACGCCUCAUAGCCAACGCCCUCCUCGACUUCUCCAAUCAAAGAUUCGUUUUACUCUCCGAAUCAUGCAUCCCAUUAUUCAACUUCACCACAAUCUACAACUACCUCAUGGGUUCAAACUUAAGCUUCCUUGGAUCAUUUGAUGAUCCGAGAAAGCCAGGCCGCGGUCGAUAUAACCGUCAAAUGUGGCCCGCCAUUUCCAUCUCGGAUUGGCGAAAAGGGUCCCAGUGGUUCGAAAUCCACCGUGACCUCGUGAUUAAUAUCUUGUCGGAUCGCAAAUAUUACCGGGUUUUUCAAGAGCAUUGUCGCCCUCCAUGUUACAGUGACGAGUUCUAUUUGUCGACUUUAGUGCACAUUCUUUACCCGGAAAUGAAUUCGAAUCGGAGCAUUACUUGGGUCGAUUGGUCGAGAGGUGGGGCGCAUCCAAGGAGUUUCGGGUGGGGCGAUAUUACGGAUGAGUUCUUGAACCAGAUUCGUUUCGGGUCGGAUUGUAUUUACAAUGGGAAUUCUACAUUAAUGUGUGUCCUCUUUGCUAGGAAAUUUCUACCAAGUGCAUUGGAGACUUUGUUACGGGUUGCUCCGUUGGUGCUUGGUUUUGAUCCUUAAGAUUUUGUUUAUUUAUUUUUUAUACUCAUCAAACUUUUAAUGAUUUGU